AUGAGGCAGGCGUUCAUGGCGACGCUGAGCAUGUCCCCCCAGAAGUGGCGCGCCGCCAUGCCCUGGGCGGCCACCAGCGCCGCCAGCAGCGCCACCACGCAGCCGGUGUACGCGUGGUACACGUGUCGCAGAGCCGGCCACCCGCCCGGCGCCCACGCGCUCACUGCCCGCAGCACGGCCAGCUGCAGGCGCAGCUCCACGCGCAGCGGCGGCGUCACUGCCUCUGCACACAUUCACGCGUACACUUUUCCACUGACAAGGAGACGGCACGACCUUGGGGUCUCCGCCAUUCUGCACUUCUGGGGCGAUAUCAUCAGCAUCACCAACAGCGUCUGUGUCACCUUCGUCUACAUCCUGGCCAUCUUCAAACUGGUGAUCCUCCUCAAGAUGCGUCGCUUAACAGACGAACUCGUCGAGAAUCUCGACAGAUGUAUGGAGCGCUAUGGAAGCACAUUUGAGCGAGAAAAGGCGUUCGUGUUUGGCGAGUGUGCACGCAGAGGCCGCUGGAUUUCUCUAAUGCAAGCGUGGAUGGGACUGUGUUUGUACGUGGCCUGGGAAGUGCAGCCUAUGUUGCGAGUACAGAGCUGCUCCACUACAGAGUGUCGCAGCCAGAGUGGCUUCCCCACCGUCGUCUGGUACCCGUUCUCCUUCACGGAGCCACCUGCGUACCAGGUUGUGUUCAUUGUCGUGUCCACGGGCCUGUUCUACGGCAACAUUAUCUCCAUCACGGUACACAGCACGUUCUGCACUCUCAUGAUCUACGUGGCUGGCCACCUGCGCAUCCUCAACCUAAUGGCGAGGAACUUGUGCAGCACCCAGCAGUACGAUAAGGCAACUGGCGAUCACAAACAGCGCAACAGGUGCGAUGCAGAAGAGCGAAUGAGGGAAAAUCUGAGGGAGUGUGUGCGCUACCACAUCGACAUUGAGAGGAUGGUUCAGCAGCUGAGUAAGCUGGUGGGUCCCAUACUGCUGGGAGAGUUACUCGCUGAUAUGAUCACCGUCAGCGCCAGCGCCUUCAUCACCACAGCCCUGAAGGCGAAUUCGGGGCUGCUGAUGAAGUAUGGUUGGUAUGUGUUCGUCGUAGCCGAGCAGAUGUUCCUGGUCUGCUGGUGCGGUGAUGAGGUCCUGGCAGAGAGCGAGCUCCUGCAGGUGUCUGUGUACAGCUGCGACUGGACUGGGGGAUCUCCUCGUUUCCUCAGGGAGCUUCGGAUCGUCCUGAGCCGCACGGGGCGCCCUCUGAUGCUCACUGCCAGCAAGUUCUACACCAUCACCAGGGAGACAUUCCUACUGGUCAGUGUCAUAGAAUAA